AUGUUUAAUAAGAGGAAUUUGUCGGCUUUGAAGAAUCGCAAACCAGAAGAAUUGGACGAUAAUGAAGAAUCAGAACUCAAAUUAAAUCCAUCUGGAAAUGUAAAACUGUUUAAAAAAAGAACAAUAUCUAAGAUUUGUGUAACGGGUAAUCAAACAAAUCCAAAUGAAAAGAAGGAUCUUAUACCAUCAGACUCCAAUAUAGUUGACUUACUGUCGUCCGAUGAGCCAAUAAAUAGAGCAACGUCAACAUACGAAAUUGAUACAGAUAGGUCCAUGGAUCACAGAAGCAUACUGGAAAGGAACCUGGAAAUUGGAAAUAAAAUACUUUCAGGAGAACUCGAGCCAAAUAUAUAUAGAGGUAAAGGAGCAUACAAGCCGGUGAUUAACGUGAAGAAGGAUAGCAUAGCUGCUUCAAAAUACACUGGACUAUACGGACCUGUAAGAGCAUCAGCAACUAACGUGAGAACAACACUUCGUAUCGACUAUCAACCAGACAUUUGUAAAGAUUAUAAAGAAACAGGUUAUUGUGGAUUUGGAGAUACGUGUAAGUUUCUCCACGAUAGAAGUGACUACAAAUCUGGCUGGCAACUAGAGAAGGAAUGGGAGGAAGAACAAGCAAAGAAAAGAUUAAAAAUGCAGAAAAAACUCGAUAAAUGGCACAAGAAAAUGCAGUCAAAUUCAAAAGGUGGUGAUAAUGACGAGGAGGAAGAAGAAUCGGAAGACUUAGAAGAUUCUGACUCAUCAUGCUCAGAUUCAGACGACUCUGAAUCCUCUGAAAGUUGUUGUGAAGAAGUUGAUGAAAAGGUGAAAAAACUCUUCAAGUUCAAAGCUAAGGGCCUGAAGAUACCGUUCUGUUGUCUGUCCUGCAAAAAACUGUGGAAAACUGAUAUGAAUCCAGUUGUAACAUCAUGUGGUCAUUAUUUCUGUGAGAGGUGCAUAAUUGAGGCAUAUUCAACGGAUAUGAAGUGUCCAAAAUGUAAAGUAGCUCAAGAUGGAAUAAUGAAUAAAGCCAGCGCGGUGGAAAAACUGUUAGAAUCAAUGAAUACAAUCGAAACAUAA